CUUGACGGUCCCAAUGUCCGUGAUAUUAAGCUGAGCAACAUCUCCCUCAGGAGGCAGCUGACCAUCGAGCAUGGAUCAAAGUGUGAUGCAUUUCUUCAUCUUCCGCCAGAAGCUGUGCGAAAUAGAAACUACAAUGCCUCUUCAGAGAUCUACUCCCUCGGGAUCUUGUUCUGGGAAAUGUGGUACGGCAAAGAAGCCUUUGAUGAUUUAAAAGGUAAGAAGAUGGAAGAAUUUUUAUCAGUUGUAGAAGGAGGCCAUCGUCCCAAUCUUGGAGGUCUCACAACUCCGACAUCAAAUCGGUGGGCUACUCUCAUUUCUGGUUGCUGGGAAAAUACGGCCUCAGAAAGAAAAAGCCUCGCAGAUUGUAAGUCAACUAUUAUGGGAAUUUUAGCUAGUCAAAGAUAG